AUGGAGGGAAGAUCAUACUCAGACUUCUAUAGAAACACGAGUGAAGAGUUGUUUAUUAAGACCAUGAUGGAGGGCUCGAUUGGAAUGCCAGCUCCAACUAUGGAGAUGUUGGGGUUUAAGAAUUUGUCGAAUAACUUCCGGACAGAUAGUGAGGAACUCUUCAAAAGCUGGCUCACAAAUGGAGAGAAUAAUGUCUACAAUCCAGCUACCAUAGCCCAUCAUACUCGAUCGCGAAGGAUGUUCAGUGAAGUAGCUAGUUUGUCUAAUCAACAACAGGGGGGUUCACUUCAGAGAAAGAGAAGCAAUGAAGCUAUAUUCUCACAAAACAGUUCUGGGGCUGAUGAACCAUCAACCGACCUCAGUCAACAUUCAUUCAGGAAUCCGGUGGAACGGGGUCUGCAGGGUAUUAAUUUAUACCUGGCUAAGGCAUGGUUCCAUAGUUCUCAACCCAUGACUAGAAACCGUUCCUCUGAAUUAAGGAGGAAAUAUGUUGCAAUGCAGAACUGCCACUCCUCACUGGGAAUGGAAACGGAGCAAAACAUAUCUGGGCAUGGUGUCAACCAUUUGAAACAAGAAUUUGCAGAUCCAAGUGGAUUAGAUAACACUUCAAUACGUGAGAAUCCCAACCAGUUCAAUACAUUCAUGUCUCCGACCAAUUCAUCAUCGUCUACUCUCAAUACCCCGCAAAUAGGAACUAUAGACAAGGUUUCUUCUGUUGUCAGCAUGCUUAAGGGUACACUAGAACGCAAGAAGUUCAGUAACCAAAUUGAGAAAGAAGCUAUUGAAGACAGUUCUUUAGGAUAUUAUGGUGCUCAGGAAGUCUUGGGUAACAAUAGUUUGAAUGAAGAACAAGGCAAUUAUAUUCAUGAGGCGCAAGGAAUCUUUCAAGAUGUUUGCACUUUCCAACUUAAAGAUUCUGGUGUUUCACAAACAGUUGGAGGAUCGCUGGAUUUUUACCUAGAAGGUUUUGUGGCUCCUCCUAACCAAUCCAACUUACAGCAGUAUCUCGAGAAACGUCACAAAGUGAAUCUUCUGCAGCUGCUCCUGUAGUCUCAACUGGUUUUGAUGCAUGCAAUGGUCCCAGCAACUCUGGUCAAACUCUAGGCAUUUGUGAAAGCUCUAAGAAUCAAGCUGGAUGGGAUUUUGAAAAUGGAUCUAGAGCCAAAGACGUUAGAGAACGAAUACACGAUAACCCAAAAGAAGAUCGAAAGAAAGGAAGUUUAGUCCGCAAUGGAUCUGUGACUUCAGCAAUUUCAGAGGAGAAAGGAGAUCCCACAAAGAAGCGUAGGGUGGAGCGGUCACGGAAGUACGUAACACUAUCCUCGUAACUUGAAGAAGAGUUGCCUUAUUAGCUACAAAUUUCUAUUUUUGAGAUUACAUAAUCCAUUGACUUGUGAAGCAUGGUAGUAGGGAG